CCGAGAGAUAUAUCUGGUAUUUCGUCAAUGAAAAGAAGGAGGGUGCAAAUGGGUCAUUCAGCAAGCAGCCCAGACUCGAGUUUUUGCCCUGUGAGUCUUCCCCUUGCUGUUGUUGAGGAGAUCCUGCUGAACCUCCCCAUGCAGCAGGUGGUGUGUGUUUGUCGUCUGGUGUGUCGCGAGUGGAAGCUGGUGGUAGACAGCGCUUCGUUCUGGAAAGAGAAAUGUCGCAGGGAAGGUCUGAAACCUCGGAAUGCUGACAAAAGUGCUCGAGAAUGGCAGCUCUUCUACUGGCUGUGUAAGAGACGCCGCAACCUGCUGAAGAACCCCAACGCUGAAGAGGAUUAUACUGGAUGGGACAUUGUAGAAAAUGGAGGCGACAAGUGGAGUAUAGAAGGAAUGUUUACUCCUCAUCCGGACAGCUCAGUAACAAAAUGCUUUGUUACCUCUUAUUUUCCCUGUGUAAAGAGGCAGCUGAUCAAUUUGGAGCAAGAGGGCUACAGUCCUGCACUACUCGAUGAAAUACAGCCAGACAUCAUCAUAUCAGACUGGUAUGCUCCGAGGUGGGACUGCGGUAGUGAAUAUCUGAUUUGUGUAGAGCUGCUCAAUCGCAAAAAGAAGCCAAUGCAAAUCUUUCAACCAGAGCCAGUGAUUUUUCCACAGUGGAAUGAGCAGCAGUGGAAUCAGAUGACUCAUAUCUUCAAGGACUAUGGGCGAGGUGUUCGCUAUAUCCGCUUCACUCAUGGAGGGAAAGACACACAGUUCUGGGCCGGCUGGUAUGGAAUACGAGUCACUAAUAGUAGUGUGGAAAUUUACCCGGCAGUGGAAUCGUAGUGUUUGCAUGCAAACACCCUUUAAUUCUGCAAUGAAGGAAAUCCAUACUGUAUAUUUAGCUGUUCCAGGACAAGGUUGGAAGAAGCUUGUUAGCCAACGGACUAGUGAGCUAAGUGUUUGUGAGGUACCUCACAUUUACAUUAGAUUAUUAUUAAUUAAUAUUUAGCUAUACAAUGAGUUAAUUCCCCAAACCACAAAAAAUAAUUAUAUAGUGUAACUUGCUUGCUCCUUAAAAGCAUGUUUGCAUGCUAAAACACUUAAAGGGGCAGUUUCCCAGACAGGGGUUAAGCCUAGUAUUCAAAAUGUUUAGUCUAUAACUAGUCUUGAUCCCUGUCUGCGAAACUGCCCAAAUGCCCUAUCCGGACGGGAUUAGUUUCUCAGGGGGACGUCUGUGAAAAAUAUUUCACGGUUCUACUCAGUGAUUAAACUCUUGCAUUCAGACUGCAAUUGAAAAAACAGGAGGACAAAUCAUUUCACAGCCACGACAUUGCGUUCAGUAGCUCCUCCAUUUCCACCCACUGUUGUGUUUUCGUGGAUCUCCGUGGAAUCGCGCGACCAAAGUGUAAUUACGGUGCAUGGCAGUGGACAAAUAGCUAUUUUAUUUUAUUUCAUCACAAGGUGACGAAACUCAGAGAUGUGUGUCCAGACUAAAAUUACCAGAGAGCCACAGAGUUCAGUGAAAAACAGUAGAUAAAUCAGCCUUAGAGGCCGUCUGUGAACAACACAUACAUGGUCUUUCUGGAUGGGAAUAAAAUCACAGAGGACCCCCCAUAAAAAAAAGAAAAAAUUACCCCAGGACCCCCUGAAAAACGAAACCGUCCAGAUAGGGCUAAAAAGUACUUUUAAAGGGCUCAUAUAAUUAAAACAAAUGUUCCUUAAAUUGUUCACAUAAAGAGAAUAAUAAGUAUAAGUAAUAAGUCAUUUUUGGUGACAUUUAUAAAAUGUACUAUUCACUCCCUAGACGUUAAAUCUGUACAUGGAAACUGAUGUAAAUGAUGUGAGGUCACAAAAAACGAAACAUGCCAAUGAAACUGACUGUUUAAGUGUAAGGGAAAAAGGGUGGAUUAUAUAAAAAUGAAUGGGUACAUAAAACCACUAAGUGUUUUACCUGUAGGGGAGGGUCUAGAAUAUUGUGAAAAAUGUAAGAUUUGGACCAUUUAGGUUUCUGAAACUUCUGAGACUUUUGGACCUGGCCUUAAUAUAUGAUAGAUGAGAGAAUUAGAGGGAUUGUAAAACUCUGUUGGUUCGUCUAAACCAUUCACACUCCCAGAAUAGGGCAUGAUUGAUGAAAACUGUUCUUAACAAGAAGUUAAAUGGAUGUAAUGUAUGCAUUGGUUUUGUUUUUUUAUUGGGGAAAAUACAAUUGAAUCUCACCUGGUCAUGCUAGGGACUUUGACAAAUCAAAAAAAAUAUCAACAGAUUGGAUGACUACCAAAAUAAUCAUUAACUGCAGCUCUACUAUCCAGAUUGAUGUUAUUGUCACAUGUAAACAGGCCAUUUGGUGUCAAAUGAUUGCUAACCUAUUGGCUAACUUGCAGUCAUAUUAUAAGGCAAAGCUGAGAAUUGGUCUAGGGUAGUAUUGGGGUGAAGAGGUGCAGUUCUCCAUCUAGGUGUGGGGAAAAUGAUUUCCCACAAAAUUAUUGUGCCUUAGUGUCUGUCUCUUUAAAUGUACUUUAGUGAGAGAAAAGCAAGAUUUAAGUUGAAUGCAAAUUGAGUUUUAUGGUGCCUUUGCCUGUGUUUCCUUGUGUAAUGAAGCCGCCAGUGUCCUGUCAGCGGUGUUUUGAUCAAGUUCCAAUGUGUUCCGUCUUAUCCACUCAACCAUCAAUUGGGUACACAUUACAUUUAUAGUCUGUUUUAUUUCAUCUUAUUUUGGAUAUGAGUGGACGUAAAAUUGACGUGAAUGAUAUUUGAUAGACUGAGGCUGUUAAUGCAAGAGGAAUGUAGGUAACUGUUGGUCUGGGUAUGUAUUUAAUAAUAAACUACUGUAAAAACAUUAAAAUAUAGCCAUAAUGUAUUUAGUAUACUUGUAAAGGUUUAUGUUUCUACGUUGCAGAUUCUAUUUUCAUCAUGACUGUAAGCUCAACCAAAACCUUAACUUCUGACAAAUGCACUUUUAUAGAUUUUUGUUUGUCAUGCACAAUGAAAUCAUAUAUUUCUAACAUUAUAUUUGUACUAUUUAUCUUACUAGCUUGAAACCUGUAGGCUAAACACACCCUCUCUCACUGGGCUUUGUGUCAGUGUAAUGUAUCAUAAUGUAUCUAUAUUACUGUGGCUUUUUUCAUAUUGUUUAAACAUUCAACCCAAGUACUUUACAAAAUAUUCUUGCUAACACAGUGGCAGUUAUCUAACCGAACAUUUGAUGUGAGUUGAAAAAUAAUUCACUAAUAAAUGUGCAAUAAUAGAGACAGA